UGGUCAAAGGUCAAUUAAUAUUCAAAUCAGAAUUAUUCCCAAACCGAUAUAAACCGGAUAAAUAACCGGACGAUAAUGGGAGUAUCAGUCUCCGCGGUUUACACAUUUGACUUUACCAACCUUGUGUCUCUCCCUCUUCGGACUCCAUUGAAUCCGCAUUUGAAACUCCUCUCCGAACGUUACUCUUCUUUAUAUGGAAAGCAUUUCUCCAUUUUUUCGAUAGUUCGUAGAGAGCUCUUCUUAUCCAUUGUUUUCGAACCCAUCCCCGAUUCUUUCGGUGCAAGUUUGCUCUUUUGUGCGCAAACUCUGACAAUGUCUAUGGCGAGUUUGUAUCGGCGGUCUCUUACUACCCCGCCGGCGAUAGAUUUCGCUUCUGUUGAAGGCAAGCAAAUCUUCAAUGAAGCGCUUCAGAAAGGCACUAUGGAAGGAUUUUUCAGGCUGAUUUCUUAUUUUCAGACUCAGUCUGAGCCAGCUUUUUGUGGGUUAGCUAGUCUUUCUAUGGUUUUGAACUCUCUUUCUAUUGACCCGGGGAGAAAAUGGAAAGGGCCUUGGAGGUGGUUUGAUGAAUCAAUGCUGGAAUGUUGCGAGCCCCUUGAAAUAGUGAAGGAUAAAGGCAUUUCGUUUGGUAAAGUUGUCUGUUUGGCUCAUUCUUCAGGAGCAAAAGUCGAAGCUUUCCGCACAAAUCAGAGCACCAUUGAUGAUUUCCGCAAAUACGUGGUCAAAUGUUCCACUUCUGAUAAUUGUCAUAUGAUCUCAACAUAUCAUAGACAAGUACUCAAGCAGACUGGAACAGGCCAUUUUUCACCUAUUGGUGGUUAUAACGCUGAAAGAGAUAUGGCUUUGAUUCUUGAUGUCGCUCGUUUCAAGUAUCCUCCUCACUGGGUUCCUCUUAAACUUCUUUGGGAUGCCAUGGACAGUAUUGAUCAGUCAACAGGGAGACGUAGAGGGUUCAUGCUUAUAUCGAGACCCCACAGAGAACCAGGAUUGCUCUAUACACUUGUAAGUCCAAAGUCAUCCUAUUAGUAGUUGCUGCUAUUACAAAGACAUUUCUUUCAAAUUGGACGCUGAGUGAUUAUUAUCGAUUUCAGAGUUGUAUAUGUUGUAUUCAAGUCACUUCCAGCAAAUUUCAACCAAUUUAUCAAAUGGAUGGCUGAGAUUCGAAGAAUAGAGGAUGUAAAUCAAAAUCUUAGCUCAGAAGAGAAAUCAAGGCUCGACUCAAAGCAAGAGUUACUGAAACAAGUGCAAGAAACUAAACUGUUCAAGCACGUAGAUAAGUUUCUAUCCUCUGUGGGUUACGAAGACAAUCUGCCAUAUGUUGCUGCUAAGGUUUAUUACAAAGGAGAUGAAAUCUUAUCGGGAUAUGAAUCAGAUGAGUCUUGUUGUGAGGAAACUUGUGUCAAAUGUAUCAAAGGUCUUGGUGAGGAGAAAGUGACAGUGGUAGCUUACCCAUCCGAGAACGAUGUAUUCACUGCUCUUCUGUUGGCUUUACCUCCACAGACGUGGUCAGGUAUCAAAGACCAGUCACUUUUGCAAGAAAUGAAACAGCUAAUUUCCAUGGUUAGCCUCCCGAAUUUGCUUCAACAAGAGGUUUUGCAUUUACGACGCCAACUUGAGAUGCUAAAUCGAUGCCAAGAGAAUAAAGAAGACGAAAUACUCUCUGCUCCUGCCUAAUCAAACACAACCAACCACACUUUCUAAUUUCUCAACAACCAACAAAAUUGUUAGGGAACAAAUGUUUAGAAAAAGGAACUUAUCCCUCUAGUCUAGUCGAUACGAUAUAAAAAAAAAUCAACAAAAGCUAUAAUACAUUACAUCCCUGAGAGACACUACAGGUAACAAAGUAGUAACCAUAUCACCAUCACUUUACUAUAAAGAUUAUAAUAUAGUAAUCAAGCCCA